CACUCGUAGUAUUAAUCGCCUUCGUAUUAACGGAUAAAUUGUAAAAAUAUUUCAAUAUCCUGAACUUAAUAAUGAAAAGAAAGCUUAGCAGCUUGUCACAGUUCAAUUACAGACGACGUUGCCCUAUAUUGAAAGAAAACGCCAGAAAAAAUGAUCUUGAAUCAAGUAGUGAUGAAGAUGAAGAUAUAUCAAUACCAAAUAAUCCAAGUCCUUUAAAAAAGCUACGAAAAAAUGAUAAAAAUUGUACAAUACAAAGUGUGGAUGAAAACCAGAUGUAUUCUUCACAGACCAUAUUGGACAGUUCUAGUGGUGAUGAAAAUGAUGGCUCAGAGGCUUUGGCAUUUAAUGACAAACAAUAUAGAUUAGAUGUGCUGAAAGGAAUAUUUAAAGACGAGUUUUCUGACGAGGAACUAUUUAAUGCAAUUAAUGAUACCAAUGGUUUAGAUCAUGCUGUUUCAGUGUUAAUUGAUUUAAAAGAUGAAAAAGGGGAGAGUGGUUUUGUCUCUUCAUCUCAACAAAGUUUGAAAAAACGUGCAAAAGGACUAGAUAUCUCGUCUGAUGAUGAAACUCCAAAAAUACUUGAUGCUCCAGAGAUUCAAAAUGACGUUGGUGAUAAUAAUGAUUGUAUAGUUGUUAAAGAUAAUGAUGAGUUAAAUGACACUGCCUCAGAAAUUACCCGAAGCACUCAAGCAGUCGUCAUUGCAAGUGAUGAAAGUACGGAUGAGAACUGUGGUAGUGAUGAUGAUGAUUGUAAUGAGAAUCAAGAUUUAGCCAUUGCUGAUGAUGAUAAAUCUCAGAUACUCUCACUCUUUGAUGCGGCAGAUCCCACUGAAUUAGCUCUAGUACGAGGAUGCUCCCUCACAAAAGCAAAACAGAUUUGUGGUUUAAGACCAUUUGCUUCUUGGAAAGACCUGUUGGAACGAGUUCGAAGCACUAAAGGUCUUGGCGAAUGGCUCCUUUGGGAGUGCGAAACAUUUGUGAAGGAGAGGGAUAAGAUCAGUGAUUUAAUGGAUAAAUGUGAACAUAUCAGUAAAGACAUGAAGGAAACAUUUGAAGUGAUAUCCUCUGAGAAUUUAUUAGAAAGUGAAAAAUCUGGGUCAGUGUUUGUCACAAAAGAGCAAUAUAUCACUAAAGAACCUACUCUUAUUGCACCAGGUUUGAAACUGAAGUCCUAUCAACUGAAUGGUCUCAACUGGCUCAUUGCUAUUCAUCAAUUUGGCUUGAAUGGAAUAUUAGCUGAUGAAAUGGGACUUGGCAAGACAAUACAAGCCAUUGUUUUUCUAGCAUAUCUGAUUGAACAAGGAGAAAAAGGACCCCAUCUGAUUAUUGUUCCAUCUUCAACUUGUGAUAACUGGAAAAGAGAAUUCAAGAAAUGGUGUCCCUCUAUAGAAUGUUUUCAUUAUGCUGGUUCCCAAUCAGAAAGGGCGGUAUUACGUGAUGAAGUGCUUUGCUCAAUGCGCGAUUUCCAGAUACUCAUUACGACUUACAGUAUGGCGACAGUUGCAGCUCCUGACCGAAUAUUUCUCAAGAAAUUACAGUUUCACUAUGCGAUAUUUGAUGAAGCGCAUAUGUUGAAAAACAUGAAAUCUCAACGCUAUCAACAACUUUUACGAAUUAAGCCUCAGAGGAUGCUCAUGUUAACUGGGACGCCGAUACAGAACAAUAUUUUGGAGUUAAUGUCGCUGCUCACAUUUGUAAUGCCAGAUAUGUUCGCGCAGCAAGUCGAGGGAAUCAAGUUGUUAUUUGGAGAUAAUAAAGUGAAACAGAAAGGAGAGAGCGCAUAUCAGAAGGAGAAGGUGAUCCAAGCUAAACGAAUCAUGCAGCCUUUUGUAUUGCGAAGAGUUAAGAAAGAUGUUCUUGGAAACAGUCUUCCAGAUAAGCAAGAACAUCUUGUUGAAUGCGACGUCCCAAGUCGUCAGAGAAAAGUCUACAAUGAAAAUUUUAACUCCUUUUGUAAAAUCAUGCGUUCGACUGAAACAAAAGAUCCUGCUAAAGGAUUUGGCCUAAUUAUUGAACUUCGUAAAGCGGCGAACCAUUCAUUGUUAAUCCGGAGUCAUUACACGGAUGAUAUGUUGAACAAAAUGGCUCAAAACUACUGCAAGCAUCCAUCUCACAGAGAUUCUGAAGUCAACUUUGUGUUUCAAGAUAUGCAAGUGAUGUCAGACUUCGAACUCAGCAGACUUUGUCUUAAUGAACGCUGCCUUAGAGAUUUCCACUUGCCUGAUGAGUUGAUUAUGGACAGUGGGAAGUUUAUUUAUUUGGACUCCAUUCUUCCUAAAAUGAAGGAAAAUGGGGAUCGUGUACUUUUAUUCAACCAGUUCGUCAUGAUGAUGGAUAUUGUUGAGGUUUAUUUAAAAAAAAGAGGAUAUAAAUAUUUAAGAUUUGAUGGAUCUACGUCCGUGAAUGAAAGGCAAGGACUCAUCGACAGGUUUAACAACGAACCAGAUAUUUUUAUAUUUCUCCUAUCAACGAAAGCAGGAGGUCUGGGUAUUAAUCUGACGUCAGCGAAUGUCGUCAUACUCUAUGAUUCAGAUUAUAAUCCUCACAAUGAUAAGCAAGCUGAGGACAGAUGUCAUCGCUUGGGUCAAACCAGAGAUGUGAAUAUAUACAGAUUGGUUUGCAAAGAUACAAUUGAAAAAACGAUCUUAAAAUGUGCAAAUGACAAAAUUCGGCUUCACGAAGAUAUUUCAGGAAACCAAAACGCUCCUGAUAGGGAUAUGGAAGGUUUAAUAAACGCUGUCUUCGGCUCAUCGACGAAAGAUGACGACAAAGAACAAUGAGAGUUAUCAAAAUAUUGGAUUAAAUAAACAAAGAUAUAUUUAUCAAAAGGUGUUAAACUGACCUUUAGAAACUUAAAAACUCGUAAAUUGCUGAGAAUUGAAGAACACAUCAGUUAUAUCAGCAUCUGUACGUGCUCGAUGUUUGAACGUAUGAAGGUUAGGAAAAUUGGUGUUGUGUUUGUUAUUCCUGCAGCUUAGUUAACACAUGACAUUGAUGAAGCUAUGAUGAAGCGUACUUACGCGAGGCUCGUCAAAUAUAUCAAUCGCUAAAAGCCAUUUGUCUUCAUCAUCCAUGUCUCGUCAAUCUUCUGUUGUCAACUCUCAAAUGACGGUG